UUUUUCUAUCGAAAGCCUUUCUUCUUCUUCUUCUUCUUCUUCUUCUUCUGCUUAAAACAGUACUCUCUCUCUCUCUCACACCUAACCCUAAUUAAUUGUUCCUGAGAUUCAUAUCUACGAUCCGGCGAUGAGUUCGGCGGAGGAAGCCAAGGUCAUAGUUCCGAGGAAUUUUAGAUUGUUGGAAGAGCUUGAAAGAGGUGAGAAAGGUAUUGGAGAUGGCACUGUCAGCUAUGGAAUGGAUGAUGCUGAUGAUAUUUAUAUGCAAUCUUGGACUGGCACCAUUCUUGGCCCUCCUAAUACUGCAUAUGAAGGGAAAAUCUUCCAGCUCAAGCUUUUCUGUGGUAAGGAAUACCCAGAGAGUCCACCGACUGUAAGGUUCCAGACCCGGAUUAACAUGGCUUGUGUUAACCCUGAAAGUGGAGUGGUUGAACCGAGUCUCUUCCCUAUGCUCACUAACUGGCGGCGAGAAUAUACAAUGGAGGACAUACUGGUUAAGCUGAAAAAAGAAAUGAUGACUUCGCAUAACCGGAAGCUAGCUCAACCCCCGGAAGGUAACGAGGAAGCUCGGGCAGAUCCAAAGGGACCAGCUAAAUGUUGCGUGAUGUGAAGAGAGGUUUGGGGGAAAUCAGCAAUUUGUAUUAAUAUUAAUAGAAGGAACAGUGUACUGUAUAUAAACAUCAUUUGAAGCUUUGAAAUUGCCUACAGACUUCCUAAUGUUAUAGUCUUGUUUGAGAAUACAUAUAUGUCCGUCAAAAACAGCUGAUGAUUAUCUGAAUAAACUUUCUCUUUUUUUU